AUGGCCGCCCAUCUAAACGGGCAACUCUACGAGGAGCGCAAAUGUGUGGUUCUCGCACGGAAAGCGACUACGGUAACAUGCGGUUCUUGGGCCGUUGCCAAGUUUAUGAAAAAAACGAUGGACAAGGUUCUUAAAGAAGACAACAAUGCUAUGAUCGACACUGAAACAGGAAAGCAGAAGUUUUAUGGAGGAAUUGAAGGACCAACAUCGGAAUAUGUUAAAUUAGUCAGCAGUGAUCAGCACGAGUUCAUCAUCAGACGAGAAUUGGCGCUGACAUCAGGCACAAUCCGCGCAAUGUUAAGUGGUCCAGGAGUUUAUGCUGAAAAUGAAUCGAACGUCGUCUACUUCCGUGAGAUUCCGUCGCACGUUCUUCAGAAAGUAUGCCAGUACUUCGCUUACAAAGUGCGAUACUCUAAUGCAGCGACCGAGAUCCCGGAAUUCAAUAUUCCACCAGAAGUUGCGCUCGAGUUGUUGAUGGCUGCCAAUUUCCUUGAUUGUUAA